AUGUACCCGACCGUCUUUGUGCUCUAUCUCGUCUACGGCAUCCCCACUUUUAUCCUCUACCUCCGAGCGAUUUACGUCAUCUGUAAGCGGCGUCAAAAGUUCUCCAGCAGUUUCUAUACCCUAUUUACGAAUCUACUGAUGGUGUUCUGGAGAUACGCAAUGUGGCCUUGUAUCCUAUUGGUUCAUGCCUAUUCACUUGUUGCGGCUUUUCCGUUUUUCCUGAUGACGAAUUCGUUCAUAUUCGAGAACGAGACGGUGAUGAGGGCGGAGAAUGUUACUAGGGACUACGCGUUCGCCUUCGCCACGCUUUCUUAUUCCUCUAAAAUCUACAUCGCCAUCGGUUUUGUGCUAAACGUCUUAUCGUUGGGCAGAUUAUGGCAGAGACAUUUGAAGCUCCACACGAAGCCCAGAUCCGACGAGAUCAGCCUGUUCGUCAUCGGGCUGUGCUCAUUCGUGGUGCAGCUGAUUUGCGGGCUCGUUGUGGAUGCUGUCGUCAGUAAUGUCAUCCGCCCCGAUCCAAAAUAUGGAAAUGUAGUGACGGGCCUCAACGGCGACUGUAUGGCCUUCACCGAGCUGUACAUCGGAAUAGCGUGUAACGGAGCGUUGCGUCGAGCGAUCCUCGGCCCGCUUGUCAUCCAGUGGAAACCGGGCGGCGCAACAAAUGGGGAAUUGACGGUCAGUUCCGGGACCCAGCAACGAAAUACGGUGGCUACGCGACAUUCCGAUCCGUCGAGA